AUAAUAAUUCACAAGUAUAGUCCUGAUGAAUUUAUUUAGGAUUGCUUAAAAAAAAUAAAAAAUGAAAAUAGAUGCUACACACAGAUGUUAGCUUGUUGGGUCUGUAUGUCAAUAAGAUUUUGAUAGAAAUUAGAGUAUCACAUUCAAAUUAAUGUGUUUAUACAAAUACAUGCACGACUCUUGGUGACAGAAAAAUGCUGUAAAUGGAGGUAAUUCACAAUACAAAGGGACUUCAUAGUUUUAUUGCAGUACGUACUAUUGCUUCACUCCGAACCAGUCCUGUGCUUUGUUAAACAGACUAAGUAAAACAUCGUUUCACACUGAACUUGAAGACCAAAGCUGUAUAAGACUGAUAAGCGGUGUCCUGUUGACGGUCAAUCUUGAAUGACCACUGUACAUGAUGGAGAAUCUGCACCGGUGCAUAGUAUGGUCAUUGAAGAACGAGCUAGGUUUAUUUGUUCGAGGAAAACUGGAAUACCCGGAGAAAAACCACUGACUUGCGGCCAGUAUACCUGUCAACUUCCCAAUGAAGGCAUUAAACCCCGACCCAGUGGUGGAGAGUCGGACACCUAAACCACUCAGCCACUGUGGCCCCCUAUGAUAUUUCAGGGAACAUAUGACAUCAAAAGAGGGGUACCAUGGAAUAUUGUUGGUGGGUUCGAAGUCCUCACAUCAUUUAAGAUCAUAUGAAGAUGAUUGCCUCCGGAUGCACUACUUACAAGCAAGGGUUUAUCAAGGUUUUGUUUGGAAUUUGCUGAUGACGGCUGUUGAAUGUAUGUGUGAAGUUCUGAUCAGCAAGCAGACGGAACGACAGGGGAAGCUGUGAGGUAGGAUGUGUGGUAAUAUCUCACUGACACCAGUACAGACAGCUAACUCUUCAGGUGCUAAAUGUUAGUGUGUACCCAGAGGACUAAUACAGCUCACUGUUACACCAUGGGACGGAGGCUGAACUGGUACCUGGGUGUAGUUAUACUUUUACAGGUGACGUGUUUCCUGGUGAAGAGCGAGAGUACGUGUUCCCAGUGUGACCGCGGUGAACUGAGGUGUAAGAAGAUCUCAGGUAUAUAUACAGUGAGGUAUCUGAGCCAGGGCUACCAUCCCGUUGUGGACAUACCAGAGGGGGCUUGUAAUGUCAACGUUACAGAGCACAAAAACAGCAGGAACUACCUGGCUUUAAAAGCAAGCACAGGUCACUGGAUAUUGAAUGGCGGCUGGGUGAAGGACAAACCUGGAUUGUAUCGUGGGUCAGGAACACAGUUCAGGUACGACCGAGACAGCUCCAGGUGUCCUAACGAGUGUAUUUGGGGACAGGGACCUCUCACACACAAGGUCACUGUACAGCUUUUGUACGCAUGGACCAAUGAAGGCAUCGUAUACGAGUUCACCCUGCCUCCUGGUGUAGAGUAUACAUCCCCCACAAAUCUGGUCCCCGAAGGGCAAAAGGCUCAUAGGUGGCGCCACCAUCACAAUCGCCGGAGGCACCACUCAUCUUCAAACUCACAAAACCUUUCAAGCACCUUGGUGAAUCCGAAUAACUAUGGAGAACACACUAGUGAAAGGACGGACCCCAGUUUUUCUCAACAAACAGCUGUGUUGCCAUCUACAUAUUCGGAGUCAAAGGUCAGGGUAGAACCACAACAACCUGGAAAUAUUCGCCACCACCCACCUCCACAGUAUGUGUCUCCGGUGGAAACAGACUCGGGUUACCAGGCACUACGAUCAGCGGGUCAAAGUGUGAGGUACGGUCGGGUCCCGCAGUAUACGGGGAACAGGGAAGCGCUGACUGGUGGUGAUGGAGGUUCCAGUCAUGCGCUACAGAUCCCGACUAACGCGGACAGAUCACUUGUCUUACAGAGUGUGUACUCCUGGAGUAUAGCGGGCUUCACUGCCUGUACUCAUACUUGUGGAUCAGGUACCCAGGAGACAAACAUUGUGUGCGUGCUAAAGACGACCCAGGUCCAUGUUACUGAUGAUAAUUGCGAUGUUUCACUACGCCCGCCAAAACAGACCGUCAGUUGUAACAAGUCGCCCUGUCCUCCACAAUGGGAAUUACACCCCUGGUCGGUGUGUUCAGUGACGUGCGGUCGGGGUACACAGUCCAGGCGGGUGGAGUGUAAGAGACGGAUCUCGGGAGAGGAACAGCUCAGUGUUUCUGCUUCCCUCUGUGACGCUGGAGAAAAACCUGCUAUCGUACAGCAGUGUGAAACUGACCCGUGUACUCGGUGGCAAACGGGGGACUGGGGCCAGUGCUCAGUGAACUGUGGUGCUGGAGAGAAGCAGAGGACAGUUCAGUGUGUGGACGCCAGGGACAGACCUGUGAGGGCGGAGCUAUGUGACUCCCCCACCCCCCGGGAUGUGGAGACAUGUAACCAGGGACCAUGUGAACACCACUGGUUCUUAUCACAGUGGUCGCACGAGUGUUCCAGCACCUGUAGUGGAGGAGUACAGACUCGGAGCGUCCAUUGCGCCACCAUCCGUGGCCACAAGGCCCUCGAUGUCAGCUGUGGUCUAGACAGCCGACCUGCUGACCAACAGCAGUGUAAUAAUACCAGGAGCACUCGUUACUGUGGUAACAGCUGGUUUGCCGGCCCCUGGAGUCAGUGUUCUACAUCUUGUGGUGACGGUUUGAAGUCGCGCCAUGUUUUGUGUCUGGAGGUGGAUUCCAGUCACAACAGCCGGGCUGUGUCCCUAGACAUGUGUGAUAACCGUACUAAACCAUUAUCACAGGAACCGUGUCAUCAGUCUUCCUGUGGGGCCCAGUGGCAUAUGUCAGAAUGGACACAGUGCCCUGUGACCUGUGGCGAAGGCCAGGUGACUCGUACUGUGAUGUGUCUGGACCGGAAUAAACAACCCGUAUCCAGCUGUGAACAGUCUGACCGCCCCACAUCACGAGACACCUGUAAUCAGCAAGCAUGUAUUGCCAGCCUGUCAGACGCAGGUAAUGGAGAUCCAUCCUGCAAAGAUCGCUAUGGUAACUGUCAACUGGUUGUGCAAGCUCGCCUAUGUCGCUAUGACUACUACAGACAAAUUUGCUGUGCAUCUUGUUAUCCUGAACAAAAAGUCAACUGAUCUAUAGCUGAUACGAUAGCUGAUAUUAAACAUACAUAUCUGCCUUUAAAGAGAUUCCGCAUUCCAGAAACAACUGUCGCCUAGCAAGUUGCAAGUUUGACCCCACUCAAGGUCAUUCAACAAGUAGAGAGAGGACCUAGAUUAGAGGACCUUUAAAUAGGUCGCUGCAGGAUAAUUCUCAAGAUUCAUGUUAUUUAUAAGCUUGUUUGGGGGAUAAGAAUUAAAAUGGUCUUCAGAAAGAUUUGUCAAUUUUUAGCAUGAAAUUAGCAUGAGUGUGCAAACUAAAGGUGAAUGCAAAAACAGUAUAGAAUCCAAUUGUGUAUUCUAUAAUCCCAAAAACGUUAUUGCAGCAUUUAAUGAUUUUGUGUAAAUCACAAAAAGAUUGGUAUGUCCUGUGACAAUGGUGGUGUUAUUUUGUUUUGUCUGGAUCUGGAUGAUCAAUGUUUCUCGUUUUCAAAUGUAGAUGUCAAUUAUAUAAUACAUUAUAGUUAUUAUUGGAUAAAAACAUUUUGGUGACCUAGAUUGGUGCUAAGUAAUAAAAGGACCAACUUGCUUCUGCAAUGCAAGUUAUUGAAUUGCUGAGGAAUGUACAUGUAAAUUAACUUUGUACAGUGGAAUAUGCUAGAUUGACAAAAGCAAUUUAAUCUAAAUUUAUAUAAAUGCAUAGAUUAGCUUUUCUGUUUUGUACAAAACUCCUGGAUUAUUAUCUUAUCAGCUUUAUAAUACAUACUGCUGUGACAUGCAAAAUUAUAAAAAACAAUAUUUAUGCAAUAACAGUAAUAAUACAGAUGUUCAUCUGUUUCCUUGACAAUCAAAAAACUGCAUUGAGAAACUUCUUGUGUUAUAAGUACUGAAACAAGUAUCUAAUAAGUAGAAGAUUUCCAAUCUUUGAAUGUUAUGAAAUAAUUUCAUGUUUGUAUUAUACAAACUACAUGUUAUGUAUUGAUUGGAUGUUACGAAGACCAUUUUGUAUUGUCAGUCAUAUGACAACCACAUGACAGUCAUGUGACAAUUUCGUCAAUUGGCUUAAUAAGUAAUGUUUUUGUUAGUAAACAUUCUAACUAAAAUUUCAAUUUUCCUUCUUUUUUUUCUGGGUUAAAGUGGUGAUUAAAAUCAUUAAACAUACAGUUUUAAUUUUGAAUUUAUGAAAUAUAUAUUUUGUCAAGUUGUCAUUAAUGUAUUAAGAGUUAAGCUAACCAGGCCUCAGGAUCUGGAAAUCUUUGUUAUAUUUAAGUAAUUUAAAAAAAAUUAUAAGGUCAAGGAAAGAAAAAAUGAAAAUAUUUAAAUUGUACUUUGUCUAUGCAAUCUUGUGCAUUAUUGUUAAAUUUAUAUAAUUAUUUGAAAUUUGUGAUUUAUUUUUGAUUUUCAUCAGAGUUGUCCCUAUUUACUAUCACUUUGCAUUGCCACACAUCAAAGUGUGUACAGAUUCAAAUUGAGCUCCUUGGGCCAUAAUCGAUACAAACAUAUACUAUAUACCCUGGUAGGUGAGAGAUUCAGCAGGCCAUAUUUGUCAGGAGAAUAAAAAACCGUCUGACAAGGUAAAAAAUUGCAUAACAGCAUAAUGUUUAUGUAAAUUGUACAUGUAUAUAAUUAGGAAGCUCGUCUGCUGUUUAUUUUAAAAUCCUGUCUCUUCUAGUUAGAUUUUAUAAAAUGUUAUCUUAACAAUACUACUGUUACCAUAAUUACCCUUUCUCAGGAGCAGGGUCAUUCUUAGAAGCAGGGUCAUUUAUAAGGUUCCUAAAUGUGCCCCAUCUUAGGAACAGGGUCAUUUAUUAUCUUAGCAUAUAUAUCAACUGUACCCCAUCUUGGAAACAGUUUUUUUUAUAAGACUACCAUGAGUACCCCUUCUAAUUAGGAAUAAGGUCUUUUAUAAGGUUACAAAAUUACCCGUUCUUAGGAACAGUGUUGUUUAAAAAGGUUGCCAAUUUACCCUUUCUUAGGAAUAGGGUCAUUUACAAGGUAACCAAAUUAGUCCUCCUUAGGAAUAGAGUUGUUUAAAAGGCUACCAAAAUAACCUCAUCUUAGGGACACUGGGUCAUGCUAAAGGUUGUCAUUUAUAAGGUUACAUGUACCAAAAGUACCCCUUCUUAGGAACAUGGUUAUUGAUAAUGUUAAUAAAAGUAUCCCUUUUCGAAUCUGGGUUAUUAAGAAACGUAAGUGUGGCAUGUAUGUAUUUUUAUAAGGUGUUGAUGAGAGGGAAUGUUAUAUUUUGUUGACGAGAGAAGAAUUUCAAAUUAAUCUUGAUAUUUUACAUAAAUGACUUUGUCACACUGUAAGAAAUAUAGUACAAUGGAAUUUCAUUCCAGACCCACUUGCUGUUGGUGAUGUUUGAACAAUGGUUUCUGAGAUAAUCAAACAGUAUAUAUUUCUUGCAUUCAGGAAGUGAUUUCCUGAACCGACCGAGAUGGAAAGCAGAUAAUUAUUACAGCAUUAACAAGCUGCCAGUAUAGAGACGUUUUAGAAGCUAUACGUAUAAAUGUUGUACAUUACAUUAUCUUAUGUGUGAUUAUAUGUAUUAUAGGAAUAUGCUCCAUUUUCCCCCAGAAAACAAAGAGGAUGUUUAGCACUGUGCCUUGAGAUAGAAUAUAUAUUUGUUAGCUGUAUAGGGUAGUCAUAUUUUCUGUAUGUCUGUCCAACUGUUUCUUUCUCAAAAUUUUCAGAUGCUUUCUUCUUUUCUGGAGAAGGAGAUUUUGCGUUUAUCUUUAAUUUGAGGUUAUUAAGAUUGAAAGAAAGGCCUAAAGCUACUGAUUUCAUGAAACAAAAAUCUAAAUUUUCAAUGCCAUAACUAAAUUCUUAGGAUUAAUUAAACCAUAUUGUAGGUGACACAGAAUUUUAUUAUAAAAAUGAAUUUCUGGUACUGUUUUGGAGGUCUUAAUAUGUUGGGUUAAAUUUUAACUUUUGAUAGUACUCAAACUUCAUAUAUAUGUAGAUUGAUGGUACUGGAGUUUAAUUAAAGAAGGAAAGUACAAUUAUUACAAUAUGAAUACAAAUGUAAUUUCAGUUUCUGUGCUAUAGAGUUAGUUCCCUUAUCCCUACGGUACAGAGAAUAAAUGAUUGAUUUUGAGAUUGAACAAAUGAGAGGUCAAGUUCAUAAUUGCUACAUGUAUUAAUAUAGAAUGUCAUGUCUCGCACACAGGGACUAUUAAAAACAUAUGUCUGAUAUUGUCAUACUGAAUUUGAACAUGUUCUAUUAUUGAAAAGGUAUACUCCAUGUACACCAUAUGUUUUAUAUAUACAUGUAUUAAAGAUAUUAGAAACACAGAUUAUGCAAAUUUAUAUCACAGAAAAAAUUACAGAACAGUCAUAAUUCAAUUGUUUAUUUAACAUUCAAAUUUACAAACAUUUUUUUAGAAUGAGUUUGAAAUAAACAAACUAAAAAAUGAAAAAAAAAUGUAAUUGAAAAGAGCAAUAUUUGUUACAAGAGUGACUCUGAGAACACUGAUUGAUCAUUUAGACUGGUUUGUUUUUGACUAGCUGUGUUAAUUGAUAAAGUACUGGUGUAUAUGAAUAAGUUUAAACAUGAUUACAUUAAACAUUUGGUACAAUAAAUUAAUUUCAAUAACUGACAUUUCACCAUAUUUAUAGCCUACUAGUUUCAAAUAUAAACAAAUGAUAAAAACUAUUGUUCGAAAAUGGUAAUAAUAUUUAAUGUUAUGAAAAUAAUUUUGAUAUAUACACCAUGUGUAUAGAUAAUUGUAACCUGUUUUAUGAAGGGAAGAAUUACAUACAUUGUUGAUCAAAGCAAGCUUUUGAUAUAGUGAGAGCUUAUUAAAGGUUAUACCUGUCACUGUUGGUGCGGCAUAUGUGUAAUUACAUGUCAUAUAUACAUAGAAAUAAACUAUUUUGUGUUA